AUGUCUACAGCUACCCUCCUGAGAAUGCGCUCCACACGGCCUACUGGUCCUCGCCUUCGCUUCGUGCCUGCGGGGAUUUCUAUCCAGGCCCGUUCUAGGACAACUAUGCCCUUCCGCCUCCCCGAUGCUCGAAAUGAACCCAACAAAGGCUCCCCAGAGCGCGCUAAGCUCCAAGAAGCGCUGACCAAGCUCCGCUCUCAGCUACCCGUACGGAGCGAGCUCUUCUACGACGGAAAAUUCCAAGCAAGCUCCAAAUCGAUUGACCAGCCCUUGCCCGCCGAACAUGCCACUACAUUCACAAACUACCCACUCGCCACCGAGGAGCAGACCCGAUCAGCCAUUGAGUCGGCACUCCAAGCGAAGCAAAGCUGGCAAGACACACCAUUUGUUGACCGUGCUUCGAUCUUCCUCAAGGCUGCUGAGCUGCUCACUACCAAAUACCGAUACGAGAUUAUUGCGGCCACUAUGCUUGGCCAAGGAAAAAAUAUCUGGCAAGGAGAGAUUGAUGCGGCGGCUGAAUUGGCGGAUUUCUUCCGUCUGAAUUGUAACUGGGCUGCUGAAAUUUUGGAGAAGCAGCCCACCCGAGGCAGUGACGGCAUUCGUAUUGACUACCGCCCUCUGGAGGGUUUUGUUUACGCUGUCUCCCCCUUCAACUUCACAGCUAUUGGUGGAAACCUGAUUGCCGGACCUGCAAUAAUGGGUAACGUGGUGCUGUGGAAGCCCUCGCCAUCUAAUGUCUACGCCAGCACUAUACUCUAUAAGGUUCUUCUGGAAGCUGGCCUACCUCCUAACGUGAUCCAAUUCGUGACUGGUGAUGCGCAAGGUAUUACUGACACCGUUCUCUCACACCGUGACUUUGCCGGUCUAAACUUCAUCGGGUCCUCCGAUGUCUUCCGUUCGCUGUAUGGCCGUAUUGGUCAGGGUGUUGCCGCAAAGACUUACCGCGAGUUCCCUCGCUUCGUUGCCGAAACCAGUGGAAAGAACUUCCACCUCGUUCACUCUUCAGCCGACAUCUCCAGUGCUGUCAACCACACCAUCCGUGGCUCCUUCGAGUACCAGGGACAGAAGUGCUCUGCAACCUCUCGUCUCUACCUCCCCGAGUCCAAGGCUGACGAGUUCCUCGCUCAAUUAAAGGCUGGUAUCAAAGAGAUCACCAUUGGAAACCCAGAUAAGGACUUGGAAGCUUUUAUGGGCCCUGUGAUCCACCGCGGCUCAUUCGAGAAGAUCAAGUCUAUCAUCGAUGCUAGCAACAAGGACCCCUCGCUGAAGCUAAUUGCCGGUGGCACUUAUGAUGGGUCUGUUGGCUACUAUGUGCACCCCACUGUGUAUCAAGCCGAUUCGCCUGACCACGCCCUCUUCAACGAGGAGAUCUUUGGCCCCGUGCUUGCCGUUUACAUCUACAAGGAUGCCGAGUGGUCUUCAAUUCUGAAGUCUGUUGAUCAGAACGGAGGUGGUUUUGCCUUGACUGGUGCUGUAUUCGCCAAGGACCGUGUAGCUAUCCGCGAGGCCGAAGACAAGCUCCGUUACUCUGCCGGAAACUUCUACAUCAACUGCAAGACUACCGCUGCUUUGAUUGGACAGCAGUCCUUCGGCGGUGCUCGCGCUAGCGGUACCAAUGAUAAGGCCGGUAGUUCCGAUCCUCUUCGUCGUUUCGUCAGCCCGCGGUUGAUCAAAGAAGAGUUCUUCAGCCAGGAGGAAUUCACCUACCCUAGCAACCACUGA